AUGGGCAUUCUGAGGGUAUCUGUACACGUUUUAACCAAAAACACCACAGUCACAGAACAGAACCGGAAUCUGCUGGUGGAGACCAUCCGUUCCAUUACCGAGAUCCUGAUUUGGGGAGAUCAAAAUGACAGCUCUGUGUUUGACUUCUUCCUGGAGAAGAACAUGUUCGUUUUCUUCUUGAACAUCCUGCGGCAGAAAUCGGGCCGCUAUGUGUGCGUCCAGCUGCUACAGACCUUGAAUAUCCUCUUUGAGAACAUCAGUCACGAGACCUCGCUGUAUUAUUUACUGUCUAAUAACUACGUCAAUUCCAUCAUUGUCCACAAGUUUGACUUCUCCGAUGAGGAGGUUAUGGCAUACUACAUCUCGUUCCUGAAGACGCUUUCACUGAAGCUCAACGACCACACUGUCCAUUUCUUCUACAAUGAGCACACCAACGACUUUGCCCUCUACACAGAAGCCAUCAAGUUUUUCAAUCACCCUGAAAGCAUGGUUCGAAUUGCUGUGAGAACCAUAACUCUGAAUGUCUAUAAAGUGGAUAACCAGGCCAUGCUACACUAUAUCAGAGAUAAAACUGCUGUCCCUUACUUCUCCAAUUUGGUCUGGUUCAUUGGGAGCCAUGUGAUCGAACUCGACACCUGUGUGCAGACUGACGAGGAGCACCGGAAUCGGGGGAAGCUGAGCGACCUGGUGGCUGAGCAUCUGGAUCACUUGCACUAUCUCAAUGACAUCCUGAUCAUCAAGUGCGAGUUCCUCAAUGACGUGCUCACUGACCACCUGCUCAACCGGCUCUUCCUGCCACUCUACGUGUACUCACUGGAGAACCCAGACAAGGGAGGAGAACGACCGAAAAUCAGCCUGCCAGUGUCCCUCUAUCUUCUGUCACAGGUCUUCCUCAUCAUCCACCAUGCCCCGCUGGUGAACUCGCUGGCCGAAGUCAUCCUGAAUGGCGAUCUGUCUGAGACGUACCCUAAGCCUGUACAGGAUGUUCAGCGGAGUUCUGCCAAGCCCAGCAUUCGGUGCUUCACUAAACCCACUGAGACCCUUGAGCGGUCCCUUGAGAUGAACAAGCACAAGGGCAAGAGGCGGGUGCAAAAGAGACCCAACUAUAAAAACGUGGGGGAGGAAGAAGACGAGGAGAAAGUGCCCACUGAGGACAGCCAGGAAGACGCUGAGAAGGCUAAAGGUACAGAGGGUGGUUCAAAAGGCAUGAAGACGAGUGGGGAGCGUGAAGAGAUCGAGAUGGUGAUCAUGGAGCGUAGCAAGCUGUCGGAGCUGGCAGCCAGUGCCUCCGCGCGGGAGCAAAACACCACAGAUGAGGAGAAGAGCGCUGCUGCCGCCACCUGCUCUGACAGCACGCAGUGGAGCAGACCCUUCCUAGACAUGGUGUACCAUGCGCUGGACAGCCCUGAGGACGACUACCAUGCUCUCUUUGUGCUCUGCCUCCUGUACGCCAUGUCUCACAACAAAGGCAUGGAUCCUGAAAAACUCGAGCAAAUCCAGCUGCCAGUGCCUGAUGCUGUGGAGAAGACUGCAUACAACUAUCUCCUGGCUGAGAGGCUCAUCAGGAUCAUGAACAGUGCCGCCCAGCCAGAUGGGAAGAUCCGGCUGGCCACACUGGAGCUGAGCUGCCUGCUCCUCAAGCAGCAAGUGCUGACCAACAAUAGCUGCAUCAUAAAGGACGUGCACCUGGCCUGCCUGGAGGGGGCGAAAGAAGAGAGCAUCCACCUCGUACGACAUUUCUAUAAGGGAGAAGAAAUCUUUCUGGACAUGUUUGAAGAUGAGUACAGGAGCAUGACAAUGAAGCCCAUGAAUGUGGAAUAUCUCAUGAUGGAUGCCUCCAUCCUGCUGCCCCCAACGGGCACGCCACUGACAGGCAUUGACUUUGUGAAGCGGCUGCCGUGUGGUGACGUGGAGAAGACCCGGCGGGCCAUCCGGGUAUUCUUCAUGCUGCGCUCCCUGUCACUGCAGCUACGAGGAGAACCUGAGACCCAGUUGCCGCUGACACGGGAAGAGGACCUGAUCAAAACCGAUGAUGUCCUGGACCUGAAUAAUAGUGACCUGAUCGCAUGCACAGUGAUCACCAAGGAUGGUGGCAUGGUCCAGCGCUUCCUGGCUGUGGACAUUUACCAGAUGAGUUUGGUGGAGCCUGAUGUGUCCCGGCUUGGCUGGGGAGUGGUCAAGUUUGCAGGUCUUCUGCAGGACAUGGAGGUGGUUGGUGUGGAGGAUGACAGCCGUGCCCUAAACAUCACCAUCCACAAGCCCGCGGCCAGCCCCCAUUCCAAGCCCUUCCCCAUCCUCCAGGCCACCUUUGUCUUCUCUGACAACAUCCGCUGCAUCAUUGCCAAGCAGCGGCUGGUCUCGGGCCGCAUGCAGGCAAGACGCAUGAAGAUGCAGAGGAUAGCCGCACUCCUGGACCUCCCAAUCCAGCCAACAGCCGAAGUCCUGGGAUUUGGAUUCCGCGCCUCCUCUUCCUCCCAGCACCUGCCUUUCCGCUUCUACAGCCAGGGCCGCCGGGGCAGCAGCGACCCCACAGUGCAGCGCUCCGUGUUUGCAUCUGUGGACAAGGUGCCAGGCUUCGCCGUGGCCCAGUGCAUAAACCAGCACAGCUUGCCGUCCCUGUCUUCGUCAUCACCACCGACCACCAGCAGUGAGAGUACCAGCCACUGCGACUCUGGGGGCUCAUCCUCCACACCUUCUGCAGCCCAGAGUCCUGCAGACGCCCCCACAACUCUGGAACAGCCUCAGCCUCACCUGCCUGACCAGUUGGUGAUCAUCAAUGAAACGGAAGCAGACCCCAAGCCCAGCAAGAACUCAGCCAGGGGCGCAGAGGUGGAGACUGUACACUUGUCCCCCAGUCUCCUCCCCGCCCAGCAGCCCACCAUCUCCCUGCUCUAUGAGGAUACUGCCGACACACUUAGCGUCGAGUCGCUGACCCUGGUUCCCCCAGUCGACCCCCACAGCCUCCGCACUCUCACAGGUGUCUCCCAGGCCCCCACCCCAGCCACACCAUGCAUAGAGACCCCGGAUGAGGAGGCUGCCCACGUGGAGCCUACGGGCCCCACUGAGCACUGAGGAGUGCCAGGGCCUCCUUUGUGCGUGUAGCCCACUGGCAGGGACCCCAAUGUUGAUGGAGAGCCAUCCGGAGCACCCCAGUUCUCCACGGCCCAGCACCACCUCCACACCUGUGCCUGCGUUUCUGUGAUCAGAAGACACCCGCGCUCCACAUGAAUUCCUUUUUCACUUGGUACAUCUUUGAGAGCAGGCCGGGACCCACAGAGACGCCCAGUGGGUGCAGAUGACAGCAAUGGCUGCUCAGGGAGGAGGCUGCGCUCCUUGGCUCUGCCUGGCAAUAGGCAGCAGGACCCACUGGUGCCCUCCCUUCCUUUGGGCAGCUCCUCUGCACCAUUCCCAGUGUGCACAGAUUGGACAAAGUCACUGUGGGUUAGAGGUUUGUAGAACAGUGAACUUAGAUAAAUUUCCUUUGGCUAUUUAUUUCUGUUUUUGGUAGUGGAAGAAAAUCUUUUAUUUAAAAAGCAUCUAUUUGGGGGGGUGAAGCCACGAAAAUCCUCAGUCCCAUGGUUUAAUGUCAUCAAAAGCAUCGGAUCCUGGCUAGGCCGCCUUUCCCUUUCCCUUGAGCCUCUCAGUGCUUCGUUUUCGAGUUCUCAGUGUCACUUUCUCGGUUUUCUUAACUGAUUCUUUCUCUGUUACUAACUCUGUAAGCCUGUGGAACGAUAAAGUCCCUUCCUGGAAAGUUUAGAUUAUUUUUAAACAGAAAUGAAGUACCCUCUGGUCACAUGGAGUGAGAGGCCGCAGCUGCUCCCCACUCAGGACACCCUUCCCACCUCUCCUAGCACCGUGCAGGAACAGAGACAGGGACGGGCUUUCAGCACCAUCCUCCACACUUGCUGUCUGCGUCUAUCUGAGAAAGAACCAUCUGGGGCUGAGAAGACCCCAGACCCAGUGGCCAUGACAAGAAUUAAAAGCAAGGGAAGCCAUCCUCAGUGUUGCCAGCUGCCCACUGUGUGUGGGAGCCUCAGCCACAAGCCAGGCAUCCCAAAAGCACCCACGUCUGUCCCCUGUCCUGUCAGCUGCUGCCACUACAGUGCAAGCUUGUCUCAAAACAAAAACCCCACUGUUCCCCGGGCAUGUGCACAUGAGGACUCAGAUAUGUCCCACACAGCUGCAUGGCUUUCCUCUCCACUCAGCUAGCUCAGGUGCCACCCCUUGCCUUGGCUCCACAGCAGACCUGCAUGGCUUUCCUGCAGACGUGGCCCUGGGAGACACCUCACCAUCUGCCUGUAGAGGAGCAUAGCCCUUGCCACCACUACCUAACCAGCCUUCUUGCAGGGCCCACCAAGGCUGGAGCUCAGUUUCCAGGAGAGGGAGCAGAGUCCUCCAGUGCUGGUGCCCAGCCAGCUUUCACCAUCAUAGGCACAAGGACUGCUUCUCACAGAGCAGACCAUGUCGAGAAGAGAGGCCAUACUGCAGGCGGAAAUCCUAAGAGCCAAGAAGGGAAAGCCGUGGCCAUCAGCAGAGCCCCUGGGAAGGGGAGGAAGCUAGAGUUGGGAGAAGGGAAAAGAUGGCCAUUGGGGAGGAGGUCCAUACCACCUGGACAUGGGGGCUGAUCUUUCAGAGGGAGAGGUGGCCAUAGGAACAAGAGCAGGUGAGUGACUUCCCACCUGUGGCCUGUGAGAGGUGAGCCUGUGGCAGGCCCAGGUCCUCCAGGGACCCCCCAUCUGCUGUCCAAAAUCCAGUGGCUCCAACUGGCCUUGUAGCCACCAAACACUUCAGGAAAGGUCCUGGGUGAGUGUGCAGCCAACCCUGGAGGACCGGCUGUUGAAUAAAAGGCACCAGGCAUCAGAUCUACCUUACGCCCUGGUCCAAGAAUAGGCCUAUCCCCCAGCUGGGCUUACCAGGUCAUUCCGAGGGGCUUCCUUCGGCUGGGGGCUGGCAGCUCACUUCUGCAGGAUAUGCCCAGGUGAGUAGGGCUCCCUGCCACGUCCUCAGGCCAGGAGCUCAGUAGCCUGGAGAAGGCAGCUGGUCCUCGUGGACCCACCUCAUCCAGGUCUUGGCUAUGCUGGUACAGGGGUCACUGCUGAGUCUUUGGGAGCACCGCACAAACCUAAUAGCUGGGCCCUCCAGCCAGGCCUGUCCCCACAGAACACACUGGAUCCUGGCAGUGAUGGCGGGAGGUAUAGCCAGGGGUCUGGGGAAGCCCACAAGCUUGGUCGUGGCCUCUGACCACAGGUUAUAGGGGCAAGGUGAGCUCCCAAGAUGGAGGGGUGGCAGCAGAGCCAGAGUGGAGCUGGGGGAGUGUCCCCCAGAACAGGCCCACCUGGCUGCUCUCUGCAGAACACAGUCCCCCACUACCCAAACACGGUACUAGGCGCUCCAGGGAAUGGGGACAAAAUGCACCUCCUAGGGACAGAUACAGGGUUUCUCUGUGGUCUCUGAGGUACACUGUUUUCAGACCCAGUGAACAGGUUCUGAUCUUUCCUAGAUGCAAUAAAUGUGAAAUGUUUCAUGCAGUCACGUUGACAGUGGAUAUGAACUUCAGAGUUCCUUCUGUUCCUUUGAACUGAAAACUUGUGAAUAUCUGGUCCCAAAUAGGAGCUGGGGUGGGAAAACUCUGUGCUCUGACCGUCCUAGGGAAGUACCUGCUUUGGCCCACGUGACUCAUUCUUCAUGGGUACUGAACACAAGGGUGGAAAUGAAAAAAUGGAACUUCCGUGUAAAUUUGAACUUGGCAAUAAAAGAGGAAAAAAAUUACCAAGAGUGUGGCCUGCUGGUCCUUGGGGGAGGUCAUGGCCUGGCAAAGGAAAACGUCCUGGGCGCUGACCCCUUAUCCUGUUGUGAUUACCCUCCUCUGCCUCCACUCUUGGCUUGCAGGAGGUUGG